AUGACUUGUUCUGUUCCUCCCUUGCCAGAGGACAUCACUCCUCCGGCCGCUAAGAAGAAGCUUGUCAUUGUGGGCCUGGGCAUGGUCGGCCUGUCAUUUCUCGAAAAAUUACUUUUGAACGACUCAAAACUAAAUGAGUAUAGUAUACUGGUUUAUGGGGAGGAGCCAUAUCUUGCUUAUAACCGCGUUGGUCUCACCGAGUAUUUCCAGCACCGUGAGUUCAAAAAUCUUCUUCUGUCGCCAGAGGAGUUCUACCAGCUACGCGGCGAAAAAUGGAACUACGCCAUUGAUGAGAAGGUGAUUGACAUAGAUCGGCAAGCUCGGACUAUCACCACGAACAAAGGAAACAGGGCGUCUUACGAUGUGCUUGUUCUUUGCACAGGCUCUACGGCCAUCCUUCCUACCGAUCUGCUACCACCUCCUACUAGAAAAAGCUACCGUGAAAUGGGAUGCUUUGUCUACAGAACCAUCGACGAUCUCUAUUCAAUGAUAGAUUAUUGCCAGGGUGCAAAGAAACAGAGAGCCAUUGUCGUUGGUGGUGGGCUUCUCGGUCUAGAAGCAGCCAAAGCUCUCUACGACAUGGAGUCGUUUGAGGAUAUCACCAUUGUCCAUAGGUCCCAUUGGCUGCUUUCUCAACAAAUGGACCAGAAGGGUGGUUCUCUACUUACCAGCAAGGUGAAAGAGCUGGGGAUUACUUGUCGAACUGGAACAACUGUGUCAGAGCUGCUUUUUGACGAAGACCAAAAUCUGACAGGAGUGAAAUACGAUAACGGUGAAAUUGAAGAAUGCUCCCUUCUUUGCUACACUAUUGGUAUCAAACCAAGAGAUGAGCUUACAAGCUGUGGCCUGAAUGCGGGCUCAAGGGGCGGAUUUAAAGUGAAUAACAUGUUGCAAACUUCGGAUGAAAAUAUCUAUGCGAUUGGAGAGUGUGCUUCUUGGAAUAACAUGACUUUUGGACUGAUUGCUCCCGGAUAUGAAAUGGCUGAUAUACUGGCCUUCAACCUUACUCAGGGAAAACUCCACCAGCCAAAGGAGUUUUCUGAACCUAGUAUGGGCACCAGGCUCAAGCUGAUGGGUGUGGAUGUUGCAUCUUUUGGCGAUUUUUUUGCAGACAGAAAUGGGCCUAAAUGGCUUCCUCGCGGAUAUGAGAAAGAAGUUCGUGGCCUUGUGUUUGAGGAUCCAAUAGAUGGAACUUACACAAAGUUGCUUUUCACAAAGGAUGGCAAGUACAUGCUUGGAGGAAUUCUGGUUGGCGAUACAAGCAACUACACCAAGUUCUCCGCGAUGAUAAGGAAACCAUUACCCAAGUCACCAUCCGAGCUUCUGAUUGGAAAAGCGGGAGAAGAUGACAUGGAGAAGCUUUCAGAUGAGACCCAAAUAUGCUCCUGUCACAAUAUCACCAAGGGAAAACUUGUGGAAGCUGUGAAAAAUGGUUGCAGCAGUCUCGCAGAUCUGAAAAAGUGCACUAAGGCGGGAACAGCUUGCGGGGGUUGCGAGCCUACAGUGAAGGUCAUUUUUGAAACAGAGGUUAAAAAGUUGGGUGGCAAGGUCUCCAACAACCUAUGCGUGCACUUCGACUAUUCAAGAGCAGACUUGUUCUCACUGAUUAUGGUCAAAAAUUUCCGGUCUUUUAGAAGGGUCAUGGAGGAGCUGGGAAACAACCCCAGCUCGUCGGGAUGUGAAAUUUGCAAGCCUACCAUUGGCUCCAUUCUCUCAACACUAUACAACCGACACCUCUUGAAAAAGGAGGUUCAUGGUCUGCAAGACACAAAUGACCGAUACCUUGGAAACAUACAGCGAAACGGCACCUUCUCGGUUGUUCCUCGGAUGUCAGCCGGCGAGGUCACUCCGGAAAAGCUUGUUUCUAUUGGGCAAAUUGCUAAGAAGUACGGUGUCUACACAAAGAUCACAGGGGCACAAAGACUGGAUUUGUUUGGCGUCAAGAAGAGCGAUCUGCCGAAAAUAUGGAAAGAUCUCAACGAAGCUGGCUUCGAGAGUGGACAGGCUUACGGCAAGAGUUUGAGAAACGUCAAGUCCUGCGUUGGAUCAACAUGGUGUAGAUACGGAAUUGGAGACUCUGUUGGUUUGGCUGUCAGGUUGGAAGAACGGUACAAAGGCAUACGCUCGCCUCAUAAAAUGAAGGGGGGCGUGUCUGGGUGUGUUAGAGACUGUGCCGAGUUCCACUCAAAGGACUUUGGUCUCUGCGCUGUGAAGGAUGGAUUCAACAUAUAUGUUGGUGGAAAUGGUGGAAUGAAGCCAGCGCACGCGCAGCUUCUUGCUACCAAUGUGCGUCCUGACGAGGUGAUCCCUAUUCUUGACAGAUACCUAAUGUUUUACAUUACCACGGCAGAUAGACUGCAGCGGACAGCUCGAUGGCUUGAAAACCUUGAUGGUGGAAUCGAAUAUUUGAAGGACGUUAUCAUCCGCGAUAAAUUGGGGAUUUGCAAGGAUCUGGAAGCCCAAAUGCGCCAGCUUGUAGCCGGUUACUACGAUGAGUGGGCCAAGGCCGUUUCUGAAGAGAAAGACAACCCAAUUUUCAAGCAAUUUGUGAAUACAUCUGAGAACCAAGAUACUGUGGAGAUAGUCAAAGAAAGAGGCCAACCGAGACCGGCAAUGUGGCCGGAGAAAGCGGCCAACCAGAAAUUCAAUGAGAUCAAGUGGUCUUCUGUGAGCUGGCAGGAAGUCUGUGAGAGCUCAGAUUUGCCUCUAGCAGAGGCAGGGUCCUCGGCAACGGUUUUGGUUGGGGACACCCAAAUUGCUCUGUUCAGAACUAGCGAAAACGAGCUCUAUUGCUCUCAGAACAUGUGCGGACAUAAACGUGCCUUUGUGCUAAAUCAGGGACUUCUUUCGGAAGAUGGUGACAAAAACUGCUACAUAUCGUGUCCGAUGCAUAAACGAAAUUUUUACCUCAAGUCCGGUGCCUGCAAAAACGAUGAAGCGCUAUCUAUCGCGACGUUUGAGGUUAAGGAGGAGAAUGGCAAAGUGUAUGCCAAACUUCCGCCCACAACAGAGCUGGAUGAGGUCCUGGGAACUUCUAAAUGGAAGGUGACAAGUCAGGAAACAGAGGCUAAACAGGUGCGCAAGAUAACAACGGAGAAAAAUUUAGUUGACAAAGCAAUAUCGUUCGACUGGUAA